UACUAAAUCAAUUGAACUCCCAUCUCUAGAAAUUCAAAAAUAAACACUAAAACAGCUGUUAUGGUGCUCUGUUUUUAAUAGAAGCUUUUGUCGUUUUGUCUGCCAUGUUACGAAAUCUUAAACGCUGCAACCAACAACUUCUAUACCUCGAAUUCAAAGGAUGUGCUCAUAUAUCGACCAUACGUGGUGGGAUUUCUUACGCAAAGGCCGACAGUAUUAAAUUCCAAAGCAAGAUAAUGAGUAAACUUGUCGGCCACCGAGUAGUGGGCAGCAAAAAGCGUUGGUAUCCCAGUAAUGAAGGCAGCACCUCGCAUUUGGCUAAACAUCGAAAUGCUGAAAUCUUCAGUAAUACACAUAUAACCAAAUCCAACGCUGGUGGGGGUGGUAAGAACACCACACGUCGAAUGGCGGUGCUAAAUAAAUUGUUUAUGAGUCACAUAACAGAUCUUUUAGCAACCGGUGAAGCAUCGGAAGCUAUACUAGGACGUGGCUUGCAAGUGACACGCGUUAAAAUCUCUCCAGAUUUCUCAUGUAUUAAUGUCUAUUGGUUGGGCAGUGGCGAUGCAUUAGCUGAUGGCCUACUCGAAACUGAAUUACAACGUUGCAGUGGCCGGCUGCGACACGAGCUUUCACAAUUGAUGUUAAUGAGUGAAGUACCACGCAUAAAGUUUGCGCGAGAGAAAAAAUUUUCAAGUGUCGCACAAGUAGAAGCGUUACUGCGCAACAUUGACUUUGUAACCGCAGAUGAAAUAUCAGAGGAUAAUAUGGAAGAUGCAAAAUAUGAGAAAUAUAAUUUUGUAGCCAAUAUAAUGCAGCGUGAAUUUUAUGGCAAGAGUAGUUCAGCUGCAAUUACUGCGAAUGGGGCUGAUGAAGAGCACUUUCCAGAAAUGCGGCACGAUGUGUUCGGCUUAGAUCAUCGCUACAUCAUGUCGAAGUUAAUGACCAAGAUGCGUAAGUCCCAACAAGCGUGGGAAUAUCAUUCACAAAAGGGCAAUACAGCCGUUAAGCAAAUACCCCCUGCUGACGAGUCUCUUGAAAAAAUUCAACAAAAGCUCACUGAAGCAGCUGAAAAAUCAGAGAAAUUUGCGAUAUUUUUAGCUAAAAGACGCGAAUAUAGGAACACACCAGAACGCAAAAAACAUGAUCGUGCUUCCGAGUGGACAGAAGUACACGCUGAACAGGCGGCUAUAGAAGCUGCCUUAACACCUACCCAACGAAGUUUAUUGGAAGCAGAAGAUUACUUAUAUGAAGAACACGACAAAAGUGAACACAAUAAAUAGGCAAUUUAAUACACAAUGUACAUAUAUAUACAUUUUAUAAACUGUAUAAAUUAGCUAAUUGACGAUAGAUCCCAAAUAAUGUAAAUAAUAAUUUUAGUGAAUAUUAAGUUUUUAUUUAAUUAUUUUUGAUUGUAUGUAUGGAAACGCAAAAGAGCAACAAAAAAGGUAAAUUUGCACAUUGACAUCUAGGAUUCAGCGAAGUCCGCAUAUACCUAAAAGAAAAGAAAAAUUUUGUAUCAGAAUGGUGUAUUUAUGCAGGAAUCAAAUACUCAAAUGUGUUUGUGAUCAGCUAAUAACUUAUUUGACUUCAACGUUUGUUCUCAGUCGAAAGAUGGUGAGAAGUUUUAGUCAUCACUAAAACAAAUGUAAAGCAAUUUUAAUGAAGAUGGACUCACCUAGAGAAUUUAAUGUAUCGCUUUCGGUUGUAUGUUCCACUAGCUCACUUCCUUCAGCCUUCUUUCAUACCACACAUGUCUAUUAGUGUCAACCUAUAAGA